UCCAUGUCCCUUCUCUUCUCUGUCGUGUUCAUCUUCAUCGUUCAAAUUUACUAAAAAUACUUUCUACUAAUCUGGUUUCGCUUUUUUAUUCUUCGCUUGAUUUUGUGGGUACAGACAUGGCAGAAGAUAUGGAAAUUGAUCAAAUUGUGGAAGUUCCUGAUACCCCAGAUAGAAUAACUGUGAGGGGUGAUGAUCAAAAACGUUUAUGUAAUCCUGAGAAGAGGGGCAGAGCUUUUAAUGCUGCAGUUGAAAUGAAUAAUAAUUUCUGUACUACAUCGUCCCCGUCAGAGAAAUCUUAUCCUUCUCAAAAUGCUCCCAUGUUUAGGAGAGGCCAAACAAUGCAUUCUAGUGGAGCUGAAAAGAUGGAGAGAGGGAAAAGUAUAAACUCCAAGGUUUCUUCUAAAUCAUCUCACCGAGAUAUUCCUGUUUUAGAUUUGACUGAAGAGAAUGGACCGAGCCAACAACUGAAACCAGCUUUCUCUCUUGGUGCAUCAAGAGAUCAUGCAACUGAAGACAAGAAAGCACCCAAAGCAGCUAUUGGGAACUCUUUGUCGCCAGCCAUUUCAGAUUCGUCUGUUACAUCUAGAAAUCCCUUCACUGGAAAGUGUAAACUUCCAGGUUCUAAUACAUCUGUGGAUCGUGGCAAGGGUAUUUCUCUGUCUCAGGAUUAUCGAUCCCAAAAUGAUAAGCAAGUGUCUUUGCCUUCAUUUGUUUCCCCCUCUCCACGAGGUAGAGAGAACAAGAGAUUGGUGCGAAAUGGGUGUAUUUUACCUGUUAAUAUUGCAACAAGGGCUAAACAAUUAGCUGAACAGAGAAACCUUCAAACUGAAGAUGUUGAACAGAGCCAUGCUGAUCAUGCGCUUUCUAGCAAUGCAGUGUCACCAAAUAGUGUUGAUGACAUAGUUGCUAGAGAGAGAGGCAAUGGUAGAGUUAAAGGAAAGGAAGUUCGUAUUUAUUCUCCAUUGAAUGGAUGCAGUGCUGGAACUAUUUGCACUGCUAGCAGUAGCCCUGCCAUCAAUCACGAAGAGGUCACUGGUACCAGUAAUGAUACAAGAAAUUCACUUCAACACUCUGGAGUACAAGAUGGUUGGAGAACUACUCGUAAUUACAUGAAUGCUAAUCAGCACAUGUAUGAUGUACAUGGGCAUCGCAUGACGAGAAAUAAUGGUGUUGGAAGAUUUACUAAUAGGCGGAAUACACACAUAGUGGAUGGAAGAAACCUCGGGAGUAAUCAAAGCAGCACACAUGUACAUGGUUCUCAAUCAGAUCAUACCGCACAACCAAGUUCUGUGAUCAUGCUAGAUGCGGACCAAUCAGCUGUUAACCGUCCUACUGCUGACAUUCUGGCUAAAAGGCAAAGAAGACGUGAACCACCUGGGGAAUCAUCAAGUUCACAUCCGGAAGUGGUAGAGUUGUUAUCCACACCAAGGAACUCAGCAAGCUCAUCUCGGAGCCGUGGCUUGGAUCCUGAAGUGGUUGAGUUGGUAUCCACGCCAAGGUACAGAUCAUCUGAAGAUUUAGAUGAUAAUGACAACAAUAGCUUGGAAGCUCGAGCAAGACAAGUGGAAGCAGAUGAGAUUUUGGCACGUGAACUCCAAGAACAAUUGUAUCAUGAUGAUUUCAUUGAAAACAGAGGGAUUGAUGAACAUUUAGCGUGGGAGUUGCACCAUGCAGAGGAUCUUCUGCCUACAUCCAUUGAUAGUCCCAGCAUAAAUCAUCCUGCAAGGCUUCCUAGGGCAAACAGACAGCCUCGUAUAUGGCCUAAUCAGAAUUCUUCUAGAAGGAGAGCUAUGCCUGUAGUUUCUUUCUCUAAUAGAAUGUCACAGUUGAGGAGUCGUGCUACAAGUAGGACUCGGAAUCCUAACAUGCCAUCUAGAGGAAGAGGCCCCCGGUUUCCUCUGGAUAUGGACUUAGACAUGAGACUUGAUAUAUUGGAAGCUUUAGAAAAUUCAAUGGGGGAUUUCAGUGAUAUUGCUGAUGGCAUCUUUAACGGGCGACGUGAUUUCAAUGAAAGUGAUUAUGAAAUGUUAUUGGCCCUUGACGAGAGAAAUCACCAACAUACUGGUGCGUCUACUAAUCUGAUCAAUAGCCUUCCACAGUCCACCAUCCAGAAUGACAACAUGACAGAGCCAUGUGCUAUAUGUCUUGAGACCCCAGUCAAGGGAGAAACUAUUCGCCACCUUCCCUGUUUGCACAAAUUUCACAAAGAUUGUAUUGAUCCUUGGCUCCAGAGGAAAACAUCAUGCCCCGUCUGCAAAUCAUCAAUCACCUAAUCCAUUUUAGGACUUAGGUUGUUAAGUUAUCUUUUGAUGCAUUAGAUAUUCAUCAACCAGCCACCUCAUUUUUUCUUUCAGGGGAAAAGGUAAUAAUCACAGUGCCUUUAAUUUAUCUUUUGAUACAGUAGAUAUUCAAAAGCGAAUAGUUACAGAAAGAUCUGCAAGUCGUAACGAUGCUGAUAUACUGUUACGGUCUUUUUUAAAUUGUGAUUAGUUGUGGGGCAAGAAUGAAUGCAUUUUGAGAAAUCUGUUAUGAAUGAUGUUGUAAUUUAACUUCUACUGCUGCUGCUGCUAAAUACUGCAGAGUUGGCACGAGCCCAAUCUUCACAAUUUUUUUUGGUCCU